AUGUGGAUAGCAAUGUUAAUUUUGAUUUUUGUUCUGCUUUCUCUGAUAGUGGGACUGUUGUGGUAUGCUGGCUAUUGGUACAACCCAGCAAUUAAAAUAGCAAAAGUUCCAGUAAAAUCAUUUAAGGGACUUUACAAACUGAACUUGGGACCGUGUGUUCGUUCAAUGACGGCUUUCAGAAACAUCCAGGAUAUCCAUAAAAACUUCAAAAGCGAAACAACUCAGAUAAAUCUCAACGGACAACCUGAUGAUAAAAAACACAAAAAUCUGGAUUUGUUUGCUAUUUAUUACGAUAAUUUAGACCAAUUGGAAUGUGAGAAAACUCGCUGGAUAGCUGGAUGUGUUGUUGAAGAGGACGAUGAAUUUGUUGAGAAGAUGAAAGGCUUGGGUUAUAAAGAGUUCCUUUUUAUAAAUGACGGACGUUGUGUUCUUACAAGCUUCGAAUUUUGCAACAAGCUACGGAACAAGCUGAAUGCCUUUCCACUGGUUGAGUACCAAAGAAAUAAUGUGGGGUACUACUUCGCACCGCUGGACAGCCAGUACUCCUACUACGUUCCCGAAAUCCAUCUGACCGAAGAGAGCUUUCAGAAAUACGUCAGGUCGUGA